AUGUCUCUCAAGCCCAUCACCGUCUGGGGACAUGGCCCAGGCCCCAAUCCCUGGAAAGUGAUCAUGGUCCUGGAAGAGCUGAAAAUUCCCUACAUCCACAAGAUCAUCCAAUUCCCAGAAAUGAAGAAAGAGCCAUUUCAGUCUAUCAAUCCCAACGGUCGUGUCCCUGCAAUUGAAGACCCAAACACCGACAUCACCCUAUGGGAAUCUGGUGCAAUUGUCGAAUACCUGGUUGACACAUACGACAAGGAAAACACCAUCAGCUUUGCCACUGGUUCCAAGGACUACUACCUGGCCAAGCAAUGGCUCCAUUUCCAGAUGUCUGGUCAAGGUCCAUACUUCGGCCAGGCUGUCUGGUUCACCCGAGUCCACUCAGAGAGGGUGCAAAGCGCAAUUGACCGCUACGUCAACGAAAUCCGCCGUGUUUCUGGCGUUCUCGACCGCACCCUCCAGGGGAAGCAGUAUCUCGUCGAUGACAAGUUCUCAUAUGCUGAUAUUGCUUUCAUUCCUUGGUAUGUGGUUUUCAUCGAGUAUAAGCUUGAUGUUGAGACAGAUAUGGAGAGGGAUUUCCCCAAUGUUGCUGCUUGGUUGAAGCGGAUGCAGGAACGUCCUGCUAUUGCUAAGUCGGUUGAGGGUCGGGCUAAGGCUUCUGCGAAGCCCUAG